UGAUGAUGAAAGUCAGCUUUCAUUUCAUGGCGUGGCUUAUGUUAAUAUGCUCCCAUUGCUGUAUCCAGGUGUGAAGAGGAUUCGGGGAGCGUUUCAUAUUUACCCUUAUCUAGACAGUACAGUUUAUGAAAAGCACAGGUGAAAUUUUUGAAAAUAUUUCUGGAGAGGCAGCGGGGGAAGAUGGUGGCAGUUGUUCCCCAGCGGGUGUGGACCGUGGAGCUGCUGCACAGGGAGCCGCUGCCCAAGAAGGACAUUAUCAAGUUUCUACAGGAUCACGGUUCAGACUCGUUUCUUGCAGAACAUAAAUUAUUAGGCAACAUUAAAAAUGUAGCCAAGACAGCUAAUAAGGACCAUUUGGUUACAGCCUAUAACCAUCUAUUUGAAAGUAAGCGAUUCAAAGGUACUGAAAGUAUAAGUAAAGUGUCCAAGCAAGUGAAAAAUGUGAAGCUUAAUGAAGAUAAACCUAAAGAAACCAAGUCUGAAGAGACUCUGGAUGAGGGUCCACCAAAAUGUACAAAAUCUGUUCUGAAAAAGGGAGAUAGGGCCGGGGAGAUAGCUCAGUUGGUAAAGUGCUUGCCUUGCAAGCACAAGGCCCUGGGUUCAAUCCCCAGCACCACCACCAAAAAAAAAAAAAAAAAAAAAAAAAAAGGGAGAUGGUUGAACCAGAAUGGGCUUAUGGAAAGAAAGGACAGCCUGAUGCCAAAAUUCCACCAAAGGCAAAACUCAUUUUUGAAGUAGAAUUAGUGGAUAUUGACUGAAAUAACCAAGUACUUGAGACUUAAAGAUGACAACAAAAAUGAUAAAACUUGGCCUUGAAACUUAGAACUUGUUUCUGUUAUAAGGGAAGAGUCAACUGGAAAAUUCAAAGUGCUAAAUUUUAUUUACUUGACUAACUUUUAAGAAAUGUAAUCCCUUAUAAGUCCCUAAAGUCUAAAAUAUUUUACUAUAGCUGCAUAAAAUAUUGGUUAAGGAGAACAACUGUUUGGCCUUUUACCUCAUGUAAACUAAAAGGCUCAAUAAAAAUAUCUCCAGUGUCUUGAUUUGACUCGUUUGGUAUUAAUGUGUUAAUGUUCUGAUUAGGUAAAC